AUGACAAAAAGUCCAACUCUUGUAGAUUUGACCUGUGCAACAACAACCACCGCAUUCAUCAUGAUACCGUCGACCGAUUCUGAAUCGUCCUCCUCCAUGACCACAACAACACCCUUGAAUGACACACAAGAAACAACAACAAUAACUCCAUCCAUACAACAACAUGAUGAUCCUUCAAUGAGGACAACCACAACAACAACAACUUCUACUCCUACUACAACCACUAAUCAUACUUCUCUAACUAAUAAUCAUUCUUCAUCUCCUCCUCUCAAUUACUCGAUACUCGUUGGUCCUCCCAUCGUUUCUGCUCAAGCCAUUGCCAAUGGUUGUAAAUCGUGUUAUACUCGACCUCCUCACUUGAAAGCCAAAUGUUGUGGUCCAGGAAAGGCGAAACUUUUCAAGAAGAAGUCGAAAAUUCUCAAUGUCGUGGUUUCAUCGACGACCAUGAUGACUUUGACUACUACCGGAGGUACUACUACUACCGAAGGAAUCACCAUGAUGCAAGAAGAACCAAUAGAGGAAGAUGAAACCAUGAAGAGUAGUAGUAGUACCAUGAUGGAUGAUGUUCAUGCUGAUACUCUGCCUCCACUCCACCGCCGUGUUCACGAAAGUGAUGAACAAAAAGGAGACAUGUUGUUGAAGAAUGAAAAUCAGGAAACGAGCAAUUGGACCACAACUACAACAACACCCUCAUCACCAUCCUCAUUAUACCUUCAACAACAACAACAACCUUCCACACUGUUAUUUUCCCAAACUUCUCCUCCUUCGUAUAUCCAUCUCGUUGAAAACAACAACAACACAAAUACAACAACCAUCAAUCAUAAUAACAACCAUCAUGAAUUGUACCAACUCCAUAGCAGUAGUAACAACACAACAACAAUCACUCCUCAUUCCCCACAAUCCAAAUUAUCUACGACGACAACAACGACAACAAGUCGAACACAACUCGGAGUAGAUGCAACCAUUCAUCAUGAUGGAAUUGAAAAACCAUCUCGUAUGCGAUCGGUAUUGAGUGGAUUGUUACAACGAAAGAAUCGAUUAUUGGUUUCUUUUGGUUUUGGAGAUUCAUCGACAACGACGACAACGACGAGUAGUAGUAGUAGUAGCACUAAUACUAGUGAAGAACAUUCAACCAGUGCUCAUGAGAACACCACGACCAAGUAA